AUGGAGACAGCGGUGUUAGUGCAUAAUGUGCAUCAAAGAAACGUAAAGGAGAGGUAUGGACAGCCCAGGGAGAGUUGCAGGGUCAAGGGCCCUAAGCAUGUAAUUAAUUGUUUAGCUAUACAUGACAAUUACUAUGAUAAAUGGAAUGGAGGUUUUGUCAAGUUAUUGUUCCCUAUUCUUCAAUUCCUGACAACCGAAGGCAGCUGA